AUGAAACAACAGUCCAAACUAGAAAAACCUCAAUUAAUAACUGUUUUGAAACCAUCAAUGAAACCAUUGAAGCCUUGCGGGGUGAGAAGCUCGGGUCAAGGAGGAGAGGGUUUGGUUUCAGAUGGGGGCCUUGCAGGUGAUGGGGUAGAAUGGGGCUUGCGGGUACCCACGAUAGAAGGAAGGGGUGACGGCAAGGGCAGGUAUAACCUUAAAGUUGAGUGUGGUGUAACAUCUAACCGUCACAAAUCAAGCUCACCAGACGCAAGUUUCUUCUUCGUCGACAACUUUAUAGUAACAGAUCAUCUCUAUGAUGAUGUGUAUAUUUUGUCUCUACAUGAUAUCUGUCAGCCUGAAGGUUCUACAGCACAACUUGAAAGCUGCAGCACGAUAUCAUGGUUGGAGGAUGCAGAGAAAAAGCUUCUAGACCUAAAAUUUUUUACUUCAGGAAAGUCGAAGAAGCAGACCUCACAGCUUGUGAUGUUGACCCCACAUAAUGCAGGCUUCCUCGCAGAGAAAUCUAGAGGUCAGUAUAUCAAAGAUGUUGAGAAGUGUUUGGGGUUCAUCAAAGAUGGAGAAAGCUAUGAGCUAUGCCUCACAACUCAGAUGAGAAAGAAAAUUGAGGACAUAGAUUGCUUGGAGCUAUACCUUAAUUUACGAGAAAAAAAUCCAGCCCCCUAUGCUGCAUGGCUAAACUUUGCCUCUGAAAGUCUAUGCAUCUGCUGUUCUUCACCAGAGAGGUUCCUACGGCUGGAUAAAAACGGCAUUCUGGAAGCAAAACCCAUUAAGGGAACCAUUGCUCGUGGUUCAACUCCGGAGGAAGACACAAUGCUCAAGCUGCGACUCCAACACAGCGAAAAGGAUCAAGCCGAAAAUCUAAUGAUCGUUGAUCUGCUAAGGAAUGACCUUUCUCGUGUCUGUGAACCUGGAUCAGUGCAUGUCCCUAAGCUGAUGGAGAUGGAAUCAUAUGCUACUGUUCACACUUUGGUGAGUACAAUCAGAGGAAAGAAGCAAGAAAAUUUGAGCCCAGUCGACUGUGUUAGAGCCGCAUUCCCGGGAGGUUCGAUGACUGGUGCACCUAAGUUGAGAUCAAUGGAACUUAUUGAUUCUCUUGAAAGUUCUUCUAGAGGCAUAUACUCUGGCUCUAUAGGAUUCUUCUCUUGUAAUCAAACAUUUGAUCUGAACAUCGUGAUCAGAACAGUCGUCGUGCAUGAAGAUGAAGCUUCUAUAGGAGCUGGAGGGGCCAUUGUUGCUCUGUCAAACCCUGAAGAUGAGUAUGAAGAAAUGAUUUUGAAAACGCAAGCCCCAGUGAGAACCAUUGCAGAAUAUCAAAACAGAUUACAGUCUAAUCAGAGUUGAAUCUGAAAACGAAUCUUAUUAUGGGAAAAAAUUCCCACGCAGCCAAUGUUCCAUACGCCUUCUAACAGGGUUUUUUUUUUUUUAAUAAAUAAUUUCUCUCUCCUCCCUUGACAUGUGGGCCCAUGUUGAUGAUACUGUUCCCUGUGCUGCCAUUGGUGUGCCGUGUGAGAGUCCUCUCCCACUGCUAGGUUGGGAACCCUCUCUUUUAUUAUUUAUUUUAUUUAUUUGUUAUACCAUUUCAUAUUUUAUUUUUUA